CGCGCUGACACUCCCAGAAGUCUCCGGGGUGUGGCCUGGCGCAGGCUGUGAAGAAUCCAGGCGAAUUUCAAACGGUCCAUCCACCGCUUUUCCUGCUCCCUAACUACUUUUCCCAGAAGGCUCGGCGGUGCCAAUUAUCUCCCUUAGCGGACCAGCCCUUUUCUUUCAGAGCCUGUUCAACUUCAGGGGCUAUUAGGGGGCGCCCGGGAAAUCCAUUUUCAAACGCUUCGGAGUGGCCGUCUUUGGGAGCCACGGCCCAAGGCUGCGCCUGGCUCCGUAAGGCCUCCGGUGAGCGGAUCGAUGAAAGGAAACAAUCCUUUCCCCAGGGCCGCAGGUGAACCCUGACAGGAAUCAGGACGACCGGCAGCCAUUUUUGCCUGCCACAAGGACGUCUCUGACUACACUUCCCAGAGGACUCCUCGGCAAUAGCGCGUUUCUCGCGUAAAUUUGGCCUCCAAGUCACGCGCUGGCGGGACCCUCAGGUUUGCGCCGGUAACUGUUACAGUGCCGUGGAAGGUUCUGCGGGUUUGGAAGCUCGGAAUACCUGAGGUGGGGAACCCGAGGAGAGGGCAGGGCCGGAGCUUCGGCUUUGUACUGCUGAGGAGCUCUGCCUUUUUCCAUAAGAGGAGCCCAGAGGAGGACUCAAUAUCAAAGCCAUGGCUCAGGGGUCAGUGAUGUUCAGUGAUGUGUCCAUAGACUUCUCUCAGGAGGAGUGGGAAUGCCUGAAUGAUGAUCAGAGAGAUUUAUACAGAGAUGUGAUGUUGGAGAAUUACAGCAACCUGGUUUCAAUGGGACAUUGUAUUUCUAAACCAGAUGUGAUCUCCUUCUUGGAGCAGGGGAAGGAGCCCUGGUUGGUUGACAGAGAACCAACAAGAUACCAGUGGCCAGUCCUGGAAUCAAGAUGUGAGACCAAGAAAUUAUUUCUGAAGAAGGAAAUUUAUGAAAUAGAGUCAGCCCAGUGGGAGAUAAUGGAAAGACUUACAAGACAUGACCUUCAGUGCUCUAGUUUCAGAGGUGACUGGGAAUGUAAUGGCCAGUUUGAGAGACAACCUGGCUCUCAGGAGGGACAUUUCAGUCAACUGAUAUUCACCCAUGAAGGCAUGCCCACUUUUAGUCAACAUCCAUCCUUGACAUUACAGCAAAUCAUUAAUAAUAAAGAGAAAUACUGUGCUACUAAGGAAUAUAGGAAAAACUUUAGACGUGACUCACAGCUUACCACACAUCAGAUAAUUCAUACCAUUGAGAAACCUUAUGAAUGUAAGGAAUGUGGAAAGGCCUUUAGACAUCCCUCAAGACUCAGUCAUCAUCAGAAAAUUCAUACUGGCAAGAAACCCUUUGAAUGUAAGGAAUGUGGAAAAACCUUUAUUUGCGGCUCAGACCUUACUCGCCAUCACAGAAUUCACACUGGUGAGAAACCCUAUGAAUGUAAGGAAUGUGGGAAGGCCUUUAGUAGUGGCUCCAACUUCACUCGACAUCAGAGAAUUCACACUGGUGAGAAGCCCUAUGAAUGUAAAGAAUGUGGGAAAGCCUUUAGCAGUGGCUCAAACUUUACUCAGCAUCAGAGGAUUCACACAGGGGAGAAACCCUACGAAUGUAAGGAAUGUGGUAAUGCCUUUAGUCAGAGCUCACAACUGAUUAAACAUCAGAGAAUCCACACAGGUGAGAAACCCUAUGAAUGUAAGGAGUGUGAAAAGGCUUUUCGUUCUGGUUCAGACCUUACUCGACAUCAGAGAAUUCAUACUGGCGAGAAGCCCUAUGAGUGUAAGAUAUGUGGGAAGGCCUAUUCUCAGAGUUCACAGCUUAUUAGUCAUCAUAGAAUCCAUACUGGUGAGAAACCCUAUGAAUAUAGGGAAUGUGGAAAGACCUUUAAUUAUGACUCACAACUUAUUCCACAUCAAAAUUUAAUUCAUACUGGUGAAAAGCCCUAUGAAUGUAAGGAAUGUGGGAUGGCCUUUAGACAGACUGCACAUCUUACUCGACAUCAGAGACUUCAUUCUGGUGAAAAACUCUAUGAGUGCAAGGAAUGUGGAGAAUCUUUCAUAUGUGGCCCAGACCUUAGAGUACAUCAGAAAAUUCAUAUUGGUGAGAAACCCUAUGAAUGUAAAGAAUGUGGGAAGGCGUUCAGAGUUCGUGGACAACUUACUCUCCAUCAGAGGAUUCAUACUGGUGAGAAGCCCUACGUAUGUACAGAAUGUGGGAAGGCCUUUAGACAGUAUGCACACCUUACUCGACAUCAGAAGCUUAAUAUUGCUGACAAACUCUAUGAAUGUAAAGAAUGUGGAAAGGCCUUUCUGUGUGGCUCUGGCCUUAGAGUACAUCACAAACUUCACACUGGCGAGAAACCCUAUGAAUGUAAAGAAUGUGGCAAGGCCUUCAGAGUGCGGCAACAGCUGACCCUCCACCAGAGAAUUCAUACUGGUGAGAAACCCUAUGAAUGUAAGGAAUGUGGAAAGACUUUUAGUCGUGGUUAUCAUCUUAUUCUUCAUCACAGAAUUCACACUGGUGAGAAACCUUAUGAAUGUAAAGAAUGCUGGAAGGCCUUUAGUCGUUACUCACAACUUAUUUCACAUCAGAGUAUUCAUAUUGGUGUUAAACCCUAUGACUGUAAGGAAUGCGGGAAGGCCUUUAGACUGCUCUCACAACUUACACAACAUCAGAGUAUUCACAUUGGUGAGAAGCCGUAUAAAUGUAAGGAAUGCGGAAAGGCCUUUAGACUGCGCCAAAAACUUACUCUACAUCAGAGCAUUCAUACUGGUGAAAAACCCUUUGAAUGUAAGGAAUGUAGGAAGGCCUUUAGACUUAAUUCAUCUCUUAUUCAACAUCUGAGAAUUCAUUCCGGUGAGAAACCCUAUGAAUGUAAGGAAUGUAAGAAGGCCUUUAGACAACAUUCACAUCUUACUCAUCAUCUGAAAAUUCAUAAUAGAGUUCAUAAUGGAGAAAAGUUAUAUGAAUGUAAGGAAUGCAGGAAGACGUUUAUUCGUCGCUCAACACUUAGCCAACACCUGAGAAUUCAUACUGGUGAGAAGCCUUAUAAAUGUAAGGAGUGUGGGCAGGCCUUUAGACAGCGUGCGCACCUUAUUAGACAUCACAAACUUCACACUGGUGAGAAACCCUAUGAAUGUAAGGAGUGUGGGAAGGCCUUUACAGUCCUCCAAGAACUUACUCAACAUCAGAGACUUCAUACUGGGGAAAAGCCGUAUGAAUGUAAGGAGUGCGGCAAGGCCUUUCGAGUACAUCAGCAACUCGCCCGGCACCAGAGAAUUCACACUGGCGAGAAGCCCUAUGAGUGCAAGGCGUGUGGGAAGACCUUUAGACAGUGUACACACCUUACUCGACAUCAGAGACUUCAUACUUCUGAGAAGCUCUACGAAUGUAAGGAAUGUGGGAAGGCCUUCGUUUGUGGUCCAGACCUUAGAAUACAUCAGAAGAUUCAUUUUGGUGAGAAACCCUAUGAAUGUAAGGAGUGUGGAAAGGCUUUUAGAAUAUGCCAGCAGCUUACUGUCCAUCAGAGUAUUCAUACUGGUGAGAAACCCUAUGAAUGUAAGGAAUGUGGGAAGACUUUUAGACUAAGGCAACAACUUGUUCGCCAUCAGAGAAUUCAUACCCGUGAGAAACCCUAUGAAUGUAUGGAAUGUUGGAAGACCUUUAGUAGUUACUCACAACUUAUUUCACAUCAGAGCAUUCACAUUGGUGAGAGACCUUAUGAAUGUGAAGAGUGUGGGAAGGCCUUCAGACUGCUCUCACAACUUACUCAACAUCAGAGCAUUCACACUGGUGAGAAACCCUAUGAAUGUAAGGAAUGCAGAAAACCGUUCAGACUGCUCUCCCAGCUCACUCAACAUCAAAGUAUUCACACUGGUGAGAAACCUUAUGAAUGUAAGGAAUGUGGGAAGGCUUUUAGACUUUAUUCAUUUCUAACUCAACACCAGAGAAUUCAUACUGGUGAGAAACCCUACAAAUGUAAGGAAUGUAAGAAGGCCUUUCGACAACAUUCACACCUUACUCAACAUCAGAAAAUUCAUAAUGGGAUUUAAUACAGGAACAUGUUCAAGGGCACAUUAUGUUACAAAACAUCAGAAAAUUCAUUUUUGAAAAAAUUUGUUUCAUGGUCACAACUAAGCAUAAGGAAACUUUAUAUUACAGGAAAGAAAUUGUUGAUUUAAAACCUUCUACCACCAUUUAAACAUUAUUUAUCUUCAGCAAACUUAUAUGAGAAAAUAAUAUAAUGAAUUCAGGAAAAUCUUUAGCCUUACCUAUCAUUAUCGCCAUUUUGCUACUUUAUUAUUGGUGUGUUAUUGGACAAGGUACUUAAAUUUCUGUGCCUCAUUUUGCUCACUUGUAAAAUGGUGAUAGUAGUAGCUAUGUAUAUUAGUUAUUUAUUGCUGUGUAGUAAAUUACCACAAACUUAGUAGCCUAAAUUAAUGCACAUUUAUUUUUUCAAUUUCUAUGGGUCAGGAGUCUAGGCAUAACUUAGUUGGGUCUCCUGCUCUAGGGUCUCUCACAAGGUUAAAAUCAAGGUUUCAGCCAGGGCUGAAUCUCAUCUGAUGGCUCAAGUAGGGAAGGGAUCCACUUCCAACCUCACGUGGUUGUUGGCCGAAUUCAUUUCCUUGAGGGCUCUUGCACUGAAUUCUUCAGUUUCCAGCUGGCUGUUGGCUAAAGGCUGAUCUCAGUUCCUUGCCACAAGGGCCUCUUCAACCCAGCUGCUUACUUCAUCAAAGUAUGUAAGGCAAGAAAGCGGUAAGAGUCUGCCAGCAUCAUGGAAGUUAUCAUCUUGUGUGAUAUGAUCACUAAAAUGACAUUUCAUUGCCUUUGCUGUCUUCUGUUGGCGAGAAGCAAGGAACUAGGCUGCCCUACACCCCAGGGAACAGGCUUGCCCAUGAGUAUGAAUACCAGGAGAGAGGGACCAUUGGGGCCAGCUCACAGUCAGCCUGCUACUUUGUGUAAUAGAAUUGUUGUGAGGAUUGAGUAGUUGAUACUCGGAAAAAUAGCCACAUAGCAUGUUUUCUGUAAAUAUUAUCUAUAAUUGUUAUUAACAUCAUUAGUAUUAGUGAAUUCAUAUGAAAGGAAUAUCCUGUAGAAGUAAUCAACGUAGAAAUGCCUCCUGUCACUGCUCGGCACUUACUAAACUUAAGAUAAUUUAUUCUGGAUAAAGUCUAGGAUGUUAAAUGACUUCCUAGACUUGAGUGUGAGAAGUUACUCAUCACUUGAGCUGCAUCAGAAAUUUCACGCUGAAAAGAAACCUUAUGAAUUUCAUAAAGAUGAGAUUGUUAAGAGUUCAACUGUUGGAGAAUCAGAGAAACAUGAAAUUAUUUUCCCAUAAUAAAUUCCAAAGAGCUAACGUUUUGUAAUCCCUGUUGUCUGACAACCAUCAAGAUUAAUUAGAAACUAUCAAAAAGAUGGCAAAAAGGAAACUAACCACUUGGGAGUUGAAUAUUUUGUGUGUGUGUGUGUGUGUGUGUGUGUGUGUGUAAAACUCUUUUUAAAAGAAAGAAACAUUCCAUUACAGCCAGUAUAGUUUUUGUCGCUCAGAUUGCCCCACUGUCCACCACAGAGAAUUGGGUCUUUUGUCAUGACCCCAGUUGUAGUUUGUUAGUUUACUUGCUUAUGGCUGCACAGUUCGGUCAGCCAUGGAAGAUGCAUGGGCAGCAGCUCAUCAUUCUGAAAACCAAUAAAUAAAGGGGAAAAUAAGUAUUUAUUUUGCUUUUAUGUGAACCAAGUUUCAGGGUCACCCAAAGCACAUCAAAUUAAAAAAAAAAUUUUAAAUUUAAAGAAUCUCACCAGUAAAUACAGAAAAAGUGAUAGACUUAGAAACAACUCACCAUUUUCAUCAUUUUCUAGUUCCUAGUGGAAUAAUGAGUCCAGCAAAUGAUGUUCAAUGGAUAUUAAAACGAUUUGGUGAAAGAGUUUAUAGUGAGAACUUUAUAUUGGACUUACCAAGCUGACCACGGCUGAGCCCUCUGAUCAGUUUUAUCCCCUAUAAAAGUGGGACUUGUUAGACAAUACGCGUCUUCUGAUACAAUGCAGCGGGAAGUACACACCAUCACCUGUGAAGCCCUAUUGCCACAAUAAUGAACUGAAGGAGUCAAACCUUUAAAAAAAUUUUAAUCCAAGAAUUUGGGGAAUAGUUGAACAAAGCAAGUGGUACCACAAGGAAGCAGCCAGGCAGAUCCAGAACAUGUAAAAUUCUGCAAAACAAACGACCUGAUUUCUUCAACUAAUGAGUGGCAUGAAAAAGACAAAAAGACAAGAAGGACACUGUCAACAGAUUAAAAGAGACUUGAGAGACAUAUCACCUAAAUUCAGUAGGUGGGCAUUACUUGGACCCAGACUGAACAAAAUGUAAAAAGACAUCUUGGAGACUGGGAGAAAUGUGGGCAUGCCCUGAGUAUUAGGUGAUAUUUAGAAAUAUUAGUUUUGUUAGGAAUGAUGAUAUCAGUGUGGUUAUUAAGAAAUAAAAGAUGCUACAUGUUAAGAGAUACGUGCUUCCAUAUAUAGGAAAAGAUAAGAUAUUUAGAUUUGCGUUAAAGUACUCCAGCAAAAGCAAUAGAAUUGACAAAGAGAGCUAGAAAGUAGAUUGGCAAAAUGCUGAUAAUUACUGAAAUAGAGUGGUUUAUGGGGGUUCGUUGUCCUUAAUAUUUCUACUUUUUAAAAUGUGUUUGAAAGUUUCAAUAAUAAAAUAUUUAAAAUCAGAA